AUGAACGCCUCGACAGCGUUGGCCGCCGGCCAAAGGAGGUGGUUUGCGCAUUUCACACGCGCAUCCACCGAGCUCACUGCCAAGGUUCCUAAAAGGAUUACGUCGAAGCAUAAUCAAAAACCACUAGGAUCAUACCCUUUUCCACCUGAACAUGAAAUGUUAUGGAAAAAUAGGCGAACUGUACCAGGUGGAUAUUUUCACCAGGCUAUCUCGCCAUUCCAACUGAAAUUCUGCUAUCCACUCGUUCACCAAGCAUAUGCAAGGAUAUGGGCCAAAACAUCACAGAUGUUCUGGUGGAUCAUAUGGCCAACUGGAAUGGCAAUCGCAGGAUUUCUAUCAAUAGAAGCUAUUAACACUAAAUACCUAAAAAGGAUACACUAUGACUAA